CCGGAGGAGCGGCCCGGCGACCCCGCCGCCCCGGAGCCGGUGUCCCGGGCGGCCGUGUCGGACCAGCCGCUGGUGCAGCUGCUGCAGCCGCUCGUGCCCGUCUCGGGCGCGUCGCCCAUCGCGGUGCCGCUGGUGCCCGUCUCGACCACGGCUCCAGCGCCCGCCGCGGCAGCCGACGCCACUGCGGGGGUCCCGCCCGCGCAGGGCUGCUUCGCGGCGAGCUCGGCGUGGGAGCCGAUCGACAUGUACCUGCCCAGCAAGGAGGCCAGCGAGGAGGAAUGCCAGCGCCGCUGCGCCACCACGGCGGGCUGCGCGCACUUCUCGUUCUACGUGCCGCUGGGGCACUGCCACAUCCAG